CGAGGCGCCCCAGGUCAGUCCAGUAUCAGUGGAGUCAACGUUCAGUCUGGUUUUUCGUGUGUGGAUAAAGCCAAAGGAACUCGCAACAAGAUGAAUAGCUUGCAAGGAUCGCUGCUGCUCCUGCUGCUCGCCGGCGCUUUUCUUCAGGGUCAGGCGGGACUCUUCGAUUGCGAGGACAAGAUACCCGGACUGGGAGAUGUGACCGAUAAGAUAUCGGAGAUAACGGGCAGCAGCACCAGUUCGGAGCAUGAGGUGCGCGACUUCUUCAAGAACGUGGGCUGCCACAUCAAGGAGGGCGCCAAGAAGCUGGGCGAGAAGGCCAAGGGCCUGGGCACGGAACUCAAGGAGGGCGCCCAGAAGCUGGGCGAGAAGGCCAAGGUCCUAGGUAGCGAUCUCAAGGAUCGCUUCGACGACUUUCGCGACAAGCUGGCCAAGGACUCCGCCGAGGAGAUGAGCAAGGAUCGCGGCUUCCUGGCCAACGUGGAGAUCAUCAAUCCGGACAUCCUCAAGGGCGAGCAACAGUGCGGCCAUGGCCACAUCCUGGAUGCCUUGGGCAACUGCAGCAAGUUGAGGAAAUAGUCCAUCGAGAGUCCCUUUCCCCUCCCGUUAACGUUUAAGUUUUUUUUAUGAUU